GAGCCAUCAAGGAUGCUCUUCCAUUUGUCUCUCAUCACGGGGCGACGGCGUCGUCCGCUGUCCUGCACGGCGGAACACGCAGCUGACUCGUUCUCCUCUCGGACGCCGGCCGGCCUCGCUCUGGAUCGCUAGCGGCCGGCCGGCCGUUGCUACGCCAAACGGCCAGAGUGCCGAUGCCCACGUCCAACGCGAGAGCAUCAUAUAUGUCGUUGCUUAUCCAAAGCACACCUGGCGUGCCGAGCUCUACCUGGCCUGACCAUCGCGCUGGUGCCAUCAUGUCGUCGUCGAAGCGGUGGACGUCCGCCUCCGGCACGGCGGAGCUGCCUGGGCGGUCGCCCCUACCCGCCUCCGCGCUCUCGCCAGUCCGCCAGAGCGCCCGGCGCUCAGUCUCCCGACCGGAACCCGGCGCCACAACAUCCCCCGUGGCCGUCUCGAUCGCUCGCACGCUCUGGCCUUCCUCGUCCACCGGCAACAAGAGCGGCAAGAGCAAGGCCCCGCGCCCGCCGUCUCCCUUGUCCUCCGCGCCACCUCCGCCGCCGUCGCCGUCCGUGGCCACCCUCGCGGACCACCUCGUCAAAGACGACUCGCCACGUUCUCUCUCCCGGCAGCGCAGCUGCACCGAGGUCCCGCGCUUCGCCGACGCGGACGCGGAGGCCAGGAAGAUCGGGAAGCAGGCAUCAGGGAAGGGCGCCGGGCACGCGUUCGGCCGCUCCAUGCGCUUCCUCCCGUCCACCAGGCCCGCGGGCGUGACGCUCACCCCGGGCCGCGUCGCGCCGUCGGACCUCCGCAGGCUCGGCAACAUGGCCGUUUCCCUGGACGCCGCCGCCGACGUCGCCAGCUCCGGGUCGGAGUGCAGCGACGCCUCCAGGGGCUCCACCACCACGCCGAGGACGGCGUCCAAGCCGCGGUCUCCGUUGCUCCCCCGCACGGGUUCCGUCCGCUUGCUCGGGUCGAGCAACACGCAGUGGGCGCUCUCGCCGGGUCGGCGCAGCGGGUCGCCGCUCAAGCAGGCGGCGACGACGACGACGCUGGCCACGGUGCCGGAGAGCAAAGGGAAGAAGAGCCUGAUCAGCCUGGGGUGGGGCCAUAUCUUCCACCGGCGGAAGCACGCGGCCGAGGACGCGUCCAUCGCCGCCGCUGCCACGGCCACCCUGCUGUCCUCGCCGGUGCCAUCGUCAUCGCGCAGCAGCGGCGGGGAGGCCGGCCACCACGUGAGGAUGGCGCACUGCCGCCUCCUGCAGUGGCGCUUCGCGAACGCUAACGCGGACGCCGUCCGCAAGAGGAAGACGGGCAGCGCCGAGCUGGAGUUGAUGGGCACGUGGGCAAGCGUGUCGGAGAUGAGAGGGAAGGUGGCGCGGAAGCGAGUGCAGCUUGAGAAGGAGAAGCAGAAGAUUAAACUAGACACCGUGCUCUAUUUCCAGAUAAAAGAUUUGGAGAGCUGGGGGCAGCAGCUGCAGACCGCACAUGACUCCGCCCUGGCCUCAACAGUGGGUUGCGCCCGAGCAGCCGUUUGCAGGCUUCCCGUCACCAAUGGUGCCAAGGUAUCCCUAGCGCCAUUGGCGACCAUUCUGCAGCAAGCUCUUGAGCUCACGUUGACGGCCAAGACAGUGACAAGAUCAUCCAGUCCGAUGGCUGAGGACACGGCGUCACUGAUCUCAAAGCUGGUGCUUGUGGCAAGGGAAGAGCAAGCUACGUUGCAAGAGUGCGUCGAGCUGCUUAGGUUGGUCUCUGCACUGCAGGUGGAGGAGCACAGCUUGCGCAGCCAUCUGGUGCAGUCGGCAUCGCGUAGUGCUGUGGCCGUGAAAUAGUAGGCCGGGCGCUUGUGCACAGGCGUUUCGGCUGUAGGACGACCAGCUCCAGAUGUGCUCUAGACUUUUCCAGUAAAACUAGCUAGAAUAGAAUCAUAUCCACAGAUGCUUAAUUGCUUACGUAGAUGGGUACCAUCAAACAAAAACAAAAAAAAGGAGGUGUCAUGUGAGCACGUUACUGCUGAAUGGCCUUCAACUCUUAGGAUGCGUUUGGUUGAGUUAAAUAAAAUAGAGUAGUUUUAUUUCA